UUAUUUGUUCCCCAAUAACAACACUCCGUACAAACCCCACGCUCCUCAACUCUCCAUGACGGCACCCAAUCGAUCCCCUAUGCGCGUCCUAAUCCGACCACCAUCAUCAUCACCCACCCCACCACCGUCAACCACCACUCUUCCGCCACCCUUACCCCCACCCCCACUCCCACCUCUCCCUCCACCCACACCAUCCCGACAAAACGGCGUCGUUGUAGUCGGCUUCAUUGGCCGCCGUAAAUCAGACGUGAGUCAAUUAAUUAACCGGAUUGUAGAUGACAAUGUGUUCGGGUCCGGGAACGCUGACGUGGCACUGGGGUUUGAUAAAACAGGGGAGAUAAGUGAUGAGGUUAAGGAUUGGUUAAAAGAAAGGGAAAUUAGUUAUUAUUAUGAAGAUGCAAAAGGGGUUUUGUAUUUGCAGUUGUGUUGUAGUAAGUGUCCGGUUUUCGACCGGUUUUCGGAGGAGGUUUCGAGUGGGUUUGAUUCGGUUUUCGAGAAGAUGGAGUUUGGGGAUCUGAAAGGGAUGCUGUUUAUGUUCUCUGUCUGCCACGUGGUCAUAUACAUACAAGAGGGCUCACACUUCGAUAUCCAGAUUCUGCAAAAGUUUCGGGUCUUGCAAGGUGCCAAACGCGCAAUGUUUCCAUUCGUUAAACCACAAACACUUCAUCCAACUUCUUCAAGAUCCCACACAUCACCUUCUUCAAGAUCUUCGGGGUCCGGACCUCCUAUAAACCGAUCUCCCGGUAAAAACGGUCCACCCACAUCAGGUUCCGGGUCAUACACGUCUUUAUUACCCGGACAUUGUACUCCGGUUAUACUUUUUGUUUUCAUCGAUGAUAUUUGCGAACCGGGUUGUAACCCGGAUGAGUUAGGAGAGUCCACAUCAUCAAACCCGUCUUCAAAUAGUGUAAAAGGGUCGGGUUCGAUAGUCGUGUUAUCACGUCCCGUCACGAAACCCGAAGGGGGUUUCAAGAAGAAACUGCAAUCGUCUCUCGAGGGGCAGAUCCGGUUUUCGAUUAAAAAGUGUCGAGUACUUUCGGGUUCUGAAACGGGUCCUCCCGGGUCAAGAGGUGGGUCCGUUUCCAUUUCAAAUCACGCACCUUUGUUUUCACUUGAUGCAUCGAAGGCCGUUUCGAUUGUUGACCGAAAGUCAAACCAGAAAGGCGAAUCGUUGGACUUUGCUACGAGUAUUGUCGAAAACGUUUUAAAUGGUAUAUCGACUUCGGAUUCUCUGUUACUCGAGAGUCAUAGCCAAAGUUCGAAUAAAGAGGAUAUUAUUUACAUUAAGGAGUUUAUUUUCCGACAAUGCGAUAUUUUACGAGGUCGGGGGAGUUCGGUUUCAAACGCGAACAACGUCUCGUCUGGCGGUGUCGGAAUGGUGGCGGUUGCAGCUGCUGCGGCUGCCGCCAGUGUAGCUUCCGGAAAGCCUUCGACAACUCCCGAACUUCCUAAUCUCGACGUAUGGUUGACUUCCAGUCAAACUAUUUUGCACCGACUUCUUUCCGCUAAACCCGGGUUGGUAUCCGAACCCGAGCCCGAUCAAAACAAAAGAAGACCCCGACAAAGAAAUAUUAUUUUACCGACAGUUGACGGUAAUCACGAUCCGUUAGAACUUGCAGCGACGUAUUUAGAUAACAGCAGAGGACUCAACACUAAAUUUUCGAUUUCAUGGUGUCAGCGGACCCUACCUGUCGCUAAAGACGUUUACUUAAAUGGUUUACCGACAUGUUACCCGACUUCGCUGCACGAAACCCACUUGGUCAAAGCGUUGACUUUUUUUAAGUCAAUGGUCAAAGGACCAGCCGUGCAACAUUAUUUGAAAAAACUAGAGGACGAGUGUACAUCGAUUUGGAUAUCGGGUCGACAGCUAUGUGAUGCGGUUAGUUUGACUGGUAAAUCGUGCGUUCAUCAGCGACAUGAAUUGACUGAUAAACCGCAUUCUAGCGGUUUUGUUUUCCUCCACGCGUGUGCUUGUGGUCGGUCAAGGAAAUUACGCUUAGACCCUUUUGAUUUCGAAACUGCUAACGUGACGUUUAGUUGUUACCCAGAAUGCGAUAAGCUUCUUCCAAGUCUUAAUUUGUUAGAACGUAAUACAACCGGGCUGGUUCGAUCGGCAUCGUGGAGUUUGGUUCGAAUCGGCGGGUCGAGAUAUUAUCAACCGUCUAAAGGUCUACUUCAAAGCGGGUUUUCAUCUACCGAAAAGUUUCUUCUUAAAUGGAAGUUUUAUCUCGAAAAGCAUAAAGAAUCCGCGAGUCUACAAUCGAGUCUUCUACACGGUUAUUCUACAAACGGGUCAAGUAAAGAUUCGCGGGUCGAAGCCGUUUCAGAUGAAAAAGUAAAGAAAGCGGAAGAUAAUAAAUUCGAUGAAAACAAGAGUAAUUCCGCUCAAGCGAUUCCGGGUUUCACUAUGAAAAAGCCGUUUUCCGAAGUUGUUGCGGGGUCUGCAGCUACAAACUCCGGGUUCCCGCCGCUUCAAUCGAAGAAAAAAGUUUUGGAAAACGUUACCGUUGUCAAAAUGAGUGACGGUAAUGAUAGUCAGGAAUCUAAAAAGACGGAGAAUAUUUCUUCCGUUCAUGAAGCCGUUAACGGGAAUGGUAAUGGUAGCCUGUUUUUACAAAAGGGUAGUCCCGGUAAUUUAGCGAUUAUGAACAGUAAGGAAAGUUCGUUAAAUCAGGCGGUGGUAUAUAUCGGAUUCGAGCACGAAUGCCCAUGCGGACACCGGUUCAUAUUGACGCCCGAGCAUCUCAAAGGGCUUGGAUCAAUUUAUGCGUUGGAUGACGACUCUUACCGUUCGUCCGUUGAAAAUCCCGAACGUAAAGGGGUAGAUCUGUCAAAAACGGGUGGGAAACAUGGUGGUCAUGGGAAAGUCAACCGGCAGUCAAAUAGAUCGGUCAGAAAUCCGGGGAAGCCAAAAGAACAAAACGGUGUCGCAAAAAGUGAUAGUGCGAAAGAAAUUGAAAAAGGCCUUCAGGCUAUGACGAUUGAUGAUGACGACAAUGGCGUUUUUGCUUUACUUAAUAGGAAUAUACCGUUAUACCUAAAUUGCCCUCAUUGCCAGAUUCAGAAGAACAAGACUGACCAACCGAAUGUUCAAUUUGCCGGCACAAUAUCACAGCUUCAGAGAAUUUUUCUUGUCACACCUCCAUUUCCUGUUGUAUUGGCUACAUGUCCAGUUAUUCAAUUUGAGGUGUCGUGUUUAUCUCCAUCUGUCCCUGACCGUGAACAGAAACUGCAGUUCAGCAUGGGCAGUCUGGUAAUUUUGCCACCCGAGAGUUUCCUCUCACUUAGGCUUCCAUUUGUUUAUGGUGUGAAACUGGAGGAUGAAAGUGUGUAUCCAAUCAGACCUUUUGAAAGUCAACCGGAGUUGACUGCUUGGAUCACAAAAGGCACGGCUCUGCAGGUUUUGUCGAAGGGAAACGAUCUUGAAGUGAUGCAAAAUUGCUGAUGGUAACGGAAACUUUCUUGCAUUAGUUGCUGUAAUCUGCAUGCUUCUGUGUGCAGUUUCACAUUGGUUUCAGUUAUUGCUGACUGUGCAUGAGGAUGGGUUGAAAAGUAGCAUGUUGUCAGGUCUCUAGAAAUGGCUGGUUUCCUAUGGAAUUCUUGGACAUAAUCAUGCUAAAUUGUCAAUGUCUACACGACCGGCUUAAGAGUUGCACACGGCCUGUGGAAUACUAGAACUACAAGAUGGGUUUAAAAGCCAUAAUGAAAGGAACAAGAAGACCAGAGGCAUCUUGAAUGGCGUGGAGUAGGAACAAAUAAUAAAAAGUAACAAGGGUGGGGUUUAAUCCUUCAGAUUGACUGACUUAUGACAUUGGAAUUAUGAAUAUGUUGUUUAAAUUUGGAUUUUGUAAUUGCAAUAUUAUGUAUGUAUUAUUUACUAAGUUAAAAAUCAUACAUGUAAUUUCAUGAGUAAA